AUGAGUCGCAAUAUCACAGAGUUAGAAAUAGAUCAACCAUCGAGGGUCAUCGAUUUACACUCAUCUUUUCACGAUGCAGGACAUACGUCUACUUUAUCUUCAUCGUCCUCGUCGUCAAUUAAUAUCGUUGAUUCUCAGCAUGGCCAUGAUGUAAAGUCAGUUCUUGACACAAACAGUAUUACCAAUGAAAGCAGACCUCCUGCAACGAGUACAUCAUCAUUGUCCAUACCAAGCUUAUCAAUUAGUGCUUCAGGUUCUCAAGCACACCCGCAGGUCACACCAUUGAAAUCUUCUGCUUCUUCCACACAAUUUAUUUCCUACCCACACAAAGCUUGCAAGAGGUCAUCUUCAUCAUCAAACGAUUUAUUAUAUGAAAGGGAUAGAUUUAGGGCUAGACUCAGGAGCUUCAAUUUUUCCCUCCCCAACAACGAGACAGAUGUUACAGAUACUGGAAGCUUGAGCUCUUGCAGCCAUUGCGCAUGUCACAACGAACCAGCCUCGCUUGAAGGUGAUGUUCAUCCUUGUGAUGUAUGUGAUGGGAUUGGAUUUAAAACAACAAAAUUGUCGAUGACCCAUCCCGAAGAGCAACAAAAAUUAAUAAGCUAUUUCAUUUUUGACCAUUUAUCUUUACACCAGCUCAAAGAAAUGUUUCAAACGUAUUUCAACUCCAUCCUUCCACCCACAAACGUGAUGUUCCCAUGGCUACAUGGGCUACAUGAGGACAACUUUGCACAAAGGUCAUUUUUCUCACAACAGCAGCAGCAGCAACAACAAAAGUUGGGAGUUACCAAUACCAAUUUCUUUACCGAUUUUAAAACAGCAAAACCUAAAAAUUCAGGCUUUUUAAUGUGUGUCACUGAUGGGUCUGUACCAGUUGAGAUCCACAACACGGUUAAGUUGGUCGAGAUUUUACAAAAAAUCGAUAUAUCCAAAUCGGAAAUCAGAGAUAUAGUUGCAUUGAUUUGGAGAAGUAUUGAUCAUGAAAAGUUUAGCAACCACUUCAGCAACAAAGAGGAAGAGGAGAUGAUAGAUGUACUCACUGCCGACUGUAUUAAACUCAAUGUUGUGCCAUUCUUUUUAAACUUGGACCCCGAUAGAGGCAUCUCGUUGAGAAAUUUCCAAAUUCAGGUUGCUAAAUUGUCAACGUGCUCGGAUUUUGUUGUUUACGGAGCAGACCCUGAGACAAUACAGUCAAUUGCGAGGGUAUUAUGGUUGGCGCAGAAGGACGAGGAGCAAUCAUCGGGGAUAAGUGCCCAAGAGAGAAAGGUUUUCAUUUUAGAUGAACCAUUUAGUGAUGCGUACGAACAAGUGGGUGAGAUAGAGUUGAAUGCACCACUACGAAGCUUUUUCCACUCUUCGAAGUUGUCGACUUUGGGUCUCCAUUACAAAUUAAAGGAUCCUUUGCUUCUAUGGGAUAACAACUUCCAGUUGAGCGAAAAGAUAGAAACAACAUUAAUGUCGACGGCAACUAAAAUAUGCCAGAAUGUAUUUGUGGGGAACUUUUGGGAUCAUCAAAUCAUGCUUCAUUACUUGCAAGAAGAUAUCUCUGUAAAUGCAACAGAUCCUGUCAACUCAGUUGAUGGAUAUAGUAUGCCAAAAAAUUCUUUAAUCUCACAUAUGGGCAAACUGUCGCAAGAUUAUAUAAACUUGCUACCACAACCAAAAUUCAACUACAAACUAUUCAUUCAAUGCCACUCAGACGCUUCAUUCCCCGAUGCGACACAAUUGGCAGAAUUGUUGUUUCAAUACACCAUAUCGUCUCAUGAUAGCGAAGAGAUCCAAGAAAGCCAUCACUUGCUGUUCCCACCUCUGGGGUCAAUAGGUAUUGGUGACUGCAAACGAGAAAAUCUUCGACUGAUUGUUAACACUUGCAAAUUGAUCUACUUGUACUCCUCAUCCAUGUCUUCAAAGGGGUUAGGGUCAUUGAUUUAUUGUUCGGAUGGAUAUACUGAGUCAUCAUUGUUGGUGUUUUGCUACAUGAUGUAUGCGCUAAACAUCCCAUUGGAUGAGGCAAUGCUCAAGUUGCAUCGUGACUUUGGACGCCCUUUUUAUAUUUUCAAUAGUGAUGUGGUGAUACUUCGCAAGUUGGAGCCAUUGUUGAGAAAAUAUAGUCCCUUGCUGAAACAAGGUGAAACAAACUGGGGUGAAAUGGAGGAGAUAUCAUCAGCAGAGAUCAAUGAAAUUUUGUUGGGAGCGCCAAAGAAGAACACAAAUUCCAAAUUCGGGUAUAUAUUCAAUGAUGACGAAGAUUCGUCUUUAAGUGACGAGAGUUCGUCGUCAGAGUCAAGUGAUGAAGAGGAUGAGGAAAUUGAGGCACGCAAGUUUGCCAUUGACUGGGUGAAAGAAGUUGAAGGGUCAAUACCAUCAAAAGUCCUACCUUAUUUGUAUCUCGGUUCGUUGAAGCAUGCUCUGUGUUUACCGUUGUUGAACAAGUUGGGAAUUAAAAAGGUGAUUUCUGUAGGUGAGAACUUACCUUGGUUAAAUGGGUACAAGUUCCGCAAAUACAAUGACAUUGUUGUUGAUGAAGACGAUGAAAAUAUCGAGAUAAUUAACAUCCACCCAAAGAGACACCACCAGCACCACCACCGCCAUCUUCAUUGGGAUACGACCAUUGAUACCAUAAUGAAGGUAAAUAACUUGGAGGAUGAUGGAAUUGACGAGUUAUCAAAACAAUUGCCCAAAAUUCUCGAUUUCAUCAAUGAAGAAUACGUCAAGACUGGUGGGAAUACCAAGAUAUUAGUGCAUUGUCGAGUAGGUGUCAGCCGAGGUGCAACUGUAGUUAUCGCUGAGAUUAUGAAACGGUUCCAGGUCAGCUUACCCAUGGCUUAUCUAUAUGUGAGAGUGCGGAGACUCAAUAUUAUCAUCCAGCCGAAUUUACGAUUCAUGUACGAGUUGUUCAAGUGGGAGCAAGGUCUUAAGCAAAGGAAAAUACAGCAAGGUAAUGAUGACGGAGAUAGUGAGAGCAAAGAAUCAGCAAUAGGACGAUACCAUGAUGGAACUCACUAUUUACGAGAAAUCGAUUGGUUUAUUAUGUGUCGAGAAAUCAUGAAAUUGAAUUUACCAUAUUUAAGUAAUUAA